AUGAAGAGCAAGAACUACAUUUCCAUUUGGUCUGAGCACAGUGUGGCUCUAGAUGCUCAGUCUUAUAUAAAUUUGAUCCAGAAAGAGAGGAGUCCAGAGAUUGAAGAAUAUAAGGAGACUCGACUUCACAGAUUUGCAGAGCUCUUGAAGUUCGGAGAAGGUAAAAAUCGUUCACUAUACCAGUACAAGUUAGGAGACGUAGUAUUAAACCAAGCAGAUAAAGAAAAAGACCUUGGAAUAAUCAUGAACAGGAACCUGCACUAUACAAGAGUAUGGUGCAGUGCGUCGAGAGCCAGCCAUUGUGUUGCUGAAAGGAAUUUUAAGGCUCGUGUUUUCAAUAAACUUAAAACAGCAUUACUCGAGGCGGAUUUUAAGCAGAGAUGCAGGCGGGAUGAAGCCGUAAUAACUGUGCCUGAUUUGGCAUCAGUUCAUGCACACAUGGGCUAUGUUACACCACUCCUUGUCAUAACUAUAUUAGACAAGAGGUUGAAUCUGCAUUUGACCCGCGACUCCCAAGGUAGAAAGAAGCUCAGCUUUGGUCUCCGAAGGCAAUACAGUUCGUCACUGAACUACGAAACCGUUGAAGCGUUUGUGACUCCUGCGCUGGGAGUGAGAAUCCCAACGAUGCCCAGGUUAUCGCUGUGGCCCAACAAGUGCCGGGCAUGCAGGGGCCAGCCCACGCCCCCUCCGUGCUACCAGUGCACCUUCAACCUUCAGAAUCCGCCCCCGAAGUACAAGUCGCUCCCCAGCCACGUCCGGGACACCGCGCACUGGGACCGAAGUCCUUCCCGCGAGGAAACAGCGCCGGCGUUCUUCCUCGACGAUCCUGAUGUCCUGGAGGAGGAGCAGGAGGUGGAGCAGAUCGUCAUCCAACGACGCUUCUACGAGGAGGAGCCCCGCGGCUUGAGCACUCUCGCCGCGACGACGCAGAGCGACCUCUCCGUCCACAUGUUGGCGCAGUCUCUCAGGCAUAUUGCCCUCGCCUUCGUGCCCGCCGAUGCCACGGCGACACAGAGGGAGGCCCCGACGCCGCCUCGGAGAUCGAGGCACCGGAGUUCGCCAGCCUUGCCCACCACGAGCAGGCACGACCUUCUGGGCAGACGCAGCUCAGGCCCUCUCGUUCCGCCACAUUUGGACCGUCCCGAAAGACCUCCUUGGGCCACCAGCUCGACCAGCACCUCCCAGUCCUCUCGCUCGUCCUCUCCGGGUCCUCAGAACCUGCUCUCGGCGCUCUCCAGCAGGUUCUCCGCGGGUUCUGACCUGUACGAGCUCCUCAACACCACGGCAGGAGAACCGCUGUCGCCACGUUGUUCGCCACUGCCUUGUCAGUUGCUUAUACCAGAGUGAAGGAGAAUUUUUUUUCUUUUUUUUUUCUUUUGUUUUUGUUCUUCCUGUUCUUUCGACGUAGGAAGGUGCCUCGUGCCCUUAUUCUGCUCUCCUCAGUCGAUUCCUAAUACCUGAGUCAUGGAUCUGUUUUCUUUUUCUUCUAUUUCUUCUUCUCCUUCCUUUUCUUCAUAUUCGUUUUCUUCUUCUUCUUCUUUUCUUACAUUAUCAUCAUCGCCAUUUUCCUACUUUUCUUUCUCCUUCUUUUGUAUUCCUUACAUCCCUCCUCUUCCUUUAUCAACAACUCUAUAGCGAAGGAUCUGCUGCUGUUUUUCCCCGUUCUUUCAAAAGCGAGAAAGAGCGUGUGGAAAUAUUUUAAGAUUACUGAAGGUAAAAAUGAAUAAAAGACAAAAACACAAAAACAGAAGAUAUAUAAGUGUUCAAAGACCGUUUAUAUACCAAUUAACCCACCGCUUGUGAAUUGUGUUGUGUUGUAAAUACUUUUUUUUUACCUGUGAUGUAAAUAGUUUCAUGUAUUCAUUGUGCAUUUUCAUAUAUCAUUGUUUUUUUUUUAAUGUUUAUGACUUGUGUUAUUUAAUUCAUUUUUGUACAUACAUACAUUUUAAUAUAAGUAAAAAAAAAUGUGUUGUUUUGUUCUCCAGAUACUCCGUAUAUGAUCGUAUAGAAGAAGAAAAGAGAAAAUGGACAGCAAUGAAUAAAGAAACACAAAGAAAAUAAUUGAUACAAAACAGCAAUUGAAAACACCUCACAAAACACAAUAAAGAAAAAAACACAAGAAAUACAAAAAGAUAAAGAUAAAGAUAGAAAAAAAACAUAACAUGAAUAAAAGUCCAUAAGAAAACCAAAUUCAACGCAAAACUACACAAAUGUAAAUCCUUUUGUUUCCUAAAGUGACGUCAUCGGUGAAGUAUGGUCACGUGGGCCCAUUUUAGUGGAACUAAAAUCAACUUGAACUGUUUCGCUUGUUUCCGAGAUAUUUGUAGUUUAUUUGGCAAUGGAUAAAG